CCUAAGUCGGGUUAAGUGGGGUCCCUCGCCAGCCCCGCGCUGAUCAUACCCCAUGUGGCACUGUGGUGCGCAGCGGGGUCUAUGUGCGCUGAGGCUGCUGAGUGGCGGACAUGCACACCACAGAGCGUGGCGAUGGAACAGUAACCGGGCUUGUGAGAGGGAUCUACAGUAUCAACUAGGAGACAAGAUCCACGGAUUCACUGUAAACCAGUGUGCAGUUCCCGUGCAGUUCCGCACCACUCCCAUGGACAGUACCGGUGUUCCUCACAUUCUUCAGCAUACCAUCCUUUGUGGUUCUCAGAAAUAUCCGUGCAGAGACCCUUUCUUCAAAAUGUUGAACCGGUCCCUCUCCAUGUUCAUGAACGCCUUCACAGGUAGGACCAGCAUCCUGAACGAACACCGCGUUUGGGUUUGCCAGGCACCCACUGGAAUUCAGUUAGUUUCUGAGAAGGGAUGAGAGGAGUGGGCAAUUAAUGUUCUAGGAUAAUUUUUACCCCUCUCUAGUUAAAGGACGUUAGAAAUUUCAUCCUUUAGGAAAGCCGCAUGGUAGCGAGAUUAUAAAAACUAGUGUUUUAAUAAAAGGCAAGUGAACUUUUCCCAGAAAGGUUGAAAACAAUUUUCUCUUGGGGAUAUCGCUACAAUGCCAGGCCUCCAGAGUUACCACUAACUUUAAUGUUUGACUUUUAGUAAGGCUGACGCUAGUGGAGAGGGUGACAAUGAACAGUGCACUCUGUGAAGGAGUUUCAUCGAAGAGCAGGUUAAAUCCACGCUCUUACAGAAUGAGGUUGUCUUUAUAGACGUGUGAAGGUCUCUGGAGACACUUGAGAGAGUUCAGAUGUUCACUGAAGAAAGCCCUGGUGCCUGUCGAGUGCAGAUCCUGAGACGGGAUGGGAAAGCCGGCACUUGGGGUGAUGAGUUGGGACAGCUGCUGCGGUCGGGGGCCAGAGCAUGGAGCCACUGCCCCAUCUCAAGAAUAACUGCAACUUACUGUCCUAGGACAAAGGGGAAAUGAGGCUUGAGAUUCAAUAAUUUUAGUAGAAAUCUGUUAAAUUUUACAAUUUCACUUUUCAUUUGUACCCAGCUAGUGAUUAUACUCUGUAUCCAUUUUCCACACAAAAUCCCAAGGACUUUCAGAAUCUCCUCUCGGUGUAUUUGGACACCACCUUUUCCCCAUGUUUACAUGAGCUGGAUUUCUGGUAUGUCAUGAGUGAUUAACUAGUUGAUGCAGACUUUAGCAUUUGAGUCACUGUCAGCUUAUAAUUAUUUGUCCUCAGGCAGGAAGGAUGGCGGCUGGAACACGAGAAUCCUAGCGACCCCCAGAUGCCCUUGGUCUUUAAAGGAGUCGUCUUUAAUGAGAUGAAGGGAGGGGUUGUAAGUUUUCUUCCUUUUUUAUGUUGUGUUCAGCUUACCUUACCCAUGUACAGUACCAUGAUAUAGACACAUCUGGAAGAUGGUUGAUUUUUAUUUAACAUUCUCAUUAUAGGUGACAUGUCCUUGGAUUAGCUGGGGUCAGUGCUGUGAGCAGAAGCCAGGGGGCAGCGGGGCCAGGCUGCUGUCUCAGACCGUGUCUCAGACCAUGUCUGACGACCCCCGUGUAUGAUCUGCAGCAGGAGAAACGCUAUUUUCAUACCACUAUCAACACAUUGUCUUUUUCACUCAUUCUUGCCCAAGUCCAUGGUGUACUUUCUAGAGGCUGCGUGGCGAGGUGUGUGACACGCAGCAAGCUGGAUACAGAGCAGAUGGGGGAGUCCAGCUUCACCUCUGAGCCAGACACUACAGAGGUUUGCAAAAAAGGCAACACAGCAUCACUCUAACUAGUCAGUUUUUCACUUUGUUAUGAGAGCCAUUUGGGACAAAGGACAGUUUCAGUGUCUUUCACUCCACGCCCAAACUACAGAUUGUCCUUAUAGCUCAGGUAUCCUGGGGAUACCUGACGGGAAUGGCCAUUGCUGUUGCUUUCGACAACUCAUUCAGGGGUUUGAGGAACUAGCUUUUCUGAAGCUCAGUGAAAAAACACUGAGGUAUCCUGGGGAUAAAUCCAUCUCGUUUUCUUUUGGUUUUGGGAGCCCAACCCAAGAAUCAAAUAACUUUCCUAAGGAUUUCCAGGAGAAAACAUCUUCCUACCAAAGAAGAACCUUACCAUUGGAAAAACACCUCCUCGUAAUUUGCAAAAACCCCAGUUUUCUGGGAAGUGAUAAUCUUGUCAUGAGAACCAAAGAUAAAGUUGGAGAUAAUGAGGGAGUGGUUACAUAGGAAAUAUGUGGUCAUUACUCUGACCAAUUAUUAAAUCACUUUCUUCAUAUGACAUAAUUUUUAACAGCUUCUUAACUAAACCACAGUGCAGGUAAGAGAGUUACAAGAUGGCUUCUUCCUUGAGUCACAGUCAUCCCCCGCCCACACCAGGGCCUAGCAAGAAUGACUUAGGUCACCCUUAUUUCCUGGCUACUUGGAGGAGCUGGAUUUCCCAGUUUACAAAUCUCAGCUUCCUGGGAUUCUGCUCUGAUAAAAUCUAAAUUGUAUUUU